AACUAACGUCACGUUAACCUGAUAGCCUACAGAGUGGAAAAAAAAUUCAAUGAAGCCAUUGGUCGAGUCAUGACGUCACUCGCGCUCUGACAGCCGACGUCGCAGUCAUGGAGGAAGUGAGAGUGUUUCCUCUGACCUGUGCUGUGCAAAAUUAUGCAUGGGGGAAGAUUGGUGUGGACAGCGAGGUGGCCAAACUGGUGGUCGGUGGAGACCCGCUCGCUGUCAUAGAGGAAGGCAAGCCCUACGCAGAGUUGUGGAUGGGUGCUCACCCAAAAGGUGAUGCCCAGAUUAAAGACAACCGGAUCGCACAGACCACACUGGGUCAGUGGAUCGCUCACUUCCCUGCCAGCCUGGGCUCCAAGGUCAAAGACACCUUCCACGGACAGCUGCCCUUCCUCUUCAAAGUCCUCUCUGUCAACACAGCCUUGUCCAUACAGGCUCAUCCCAACAGAGAAUUAGCGGCUCGUCUUCAUGCUCAGUUUCCGGAGCACUAUCCAGACAACAACCACAAGCCGGAGAUGGCCAUCGCUCUGACCCGCUUCCAGGGACUCUGUGGCUUCAGACCAGUGGAGGAGAUCCUGGGAUUCCUUACAUCUGUCCCGGAGUUCCGCGCUCUGGUGGGAAACGAGGCAGCUGAGGAGCUGCAGUGCAGCAUGGGAGAUGCGGUUCAAACCAGCCAGGUGCUGAAGAAGUGCUUCACCAGGAUGAUGAACUGCGAGAAGAAGGUGUUCGUAGAUCAGCUCAACAUGCUGGUCAAGAGAGUCACCGAAGAGGGUGCUGCAGGGAAGGACACAUCAAGCAGCAACGGCGACCUGUUGCUCCGCCUCCACUCCCAGUACCCCGGAGACAUUGGCUGCUUCUCCAUCUACUUCCUUAACCACAUGACCCUGGAGCCAGGCCAGGCCAUGUUCCUGGGAGCCAAUGAGCCGCAUGCUUACCUUUACGGAGACUGUAUCGAGUGCAUGGCCUGCUCAGACAACACGGUGAGGGCUGGCCUGACACCCAAAUACAUUGAUGUCAACACGCUGUGCGAGAUGCUGAGCUACAGCCCUGCUCCCGCCACUUCCAAAAUCUUCCCGUGUGUCCAGGAUGCUUCAGACCCCUGCGUGUCCUUGUACGACCCCCCAGUGCCAGACUUCACCGUCAUGAGGAUACAGGUACCAGCCUCAGUGAAGCAGUACACCGUUGCUCCGGUCGACAGUGCCAGCAUCCUCCUGGUUAUCGGAGGCGAUGCCACGGCAACUUCUGCCGCCGCCCUCUCUGACGUCAUGCUGAGGCGGGGCAGUGUCCUGUUUGUCUCGGCCAAUGAGAGCGUCUCCCUGCACAUCACCUCCCAGUCGGGGAUGAACAUGUUCCGAGCCUGCUGCCUCCUGUAGUAGCUGUGAGUGUGUGGCUAUGUGUGAAAGCUUAUUUACUACCCGUGUUUGUUUUCCUCUGGUUUGACUCAGAAAGGCUUACACCGUGUUAUGGAUUGUGCCCAAUGAUUGCUGUGCACUUUUAGGUUUGCUAAAGAAGCUUUCAGAGGUGUGUUGAUGCCCGUCUGUGCCCGCUGCCCUCCCCAAUGCCAACCUUAACUCGACCUGCCGACUGCUGUCUCGCCUGCAGCAGUGUUCCUUAGCUUUAAAGUCCAGCAGUAAUCCAUGGCUGCUGGAUUUUAACUGAUUUUAACUAUUGAACUUUCUUUUCUUUUUUUUACCUGUAGUGGUGCGAUUACAUCUUGUAGAAAAAGCAGAUCUCAGAUUCUUCAUAGGUGCUGCACAGAGGACACAUGCUAAGAAUAAAAAGCAAAAAUAUGUCCACAACACUGAACUGGACCUAAUAUAAAAAAAGUGCAAAGUACUGUUGCUAGGUUCCAGAUGAGGCUUAUGAUGAAAAUGUUUGUUCUUGACCUUAGUAGAUACACUAGAUACUAAAAAACAUAGAAUAUGUUUUUUAUAUGUAUAAAAAGGGAACUGUAGCACACUGACUUGUAGCCAUACAUUCACCAGCCACUUCAUUAAGCACACCUGUACAAUCUAAUGUGAUCCCACAAAGCAGCUGUGCUGUAAAUUCUGCCUUCACAAAGAUAAUGAUGUUCAGGAGCCAAAAUAUCACCAUCCAGUAUAACACCACCACCCACUACGCCUUCCAUAAUAAACAAUUCAAUUUUAUUUGUAAGAUAAGAUUGACUUUAAUCAUUCCACAUUGGACAAAUUGCCUUGUCACAGCAGCACGUGCACACAAGACUGAUAAUAAAUUACUCAUAAGUAAAAAAGUGAUGAAGUCAUGCUGGUGUUGAAGAGUCUGCCAGCUGUUGGAAUGAAGGAGCUGUUUAAGGCCUCCACAGUCUCACACAGGAGGUAAGAGGAGUUCUUCAUGAAGGAUGUCAACUUUGCUAACAUCCUCCUCUCACCCACUUCCUGCUUACUGCAAACCACGGUGCCACGGCAACAAAAAAUAUAGUGCUGAGUCAUAACUGUUCUUAACAAGCUAUGACUUGACACUUUACAUAUAGAGCAGGUUCUCUCUGUAUUCUAAUCCUUUGCCAUAAAGUAGAUAUCUUGAAGCUUUGUACAAGUAGACUUCAUGUCAAAGCUGUGACGGAUUACAUUGUACAGGUGUAUCUAAUGAAGUGAGGAGUGUAUGUGUAAGUCUGGAAAAAGCUUGCAAACAGACCUAAAAACCUUGUUCAUGCACAAUUAGUUUUUUUACUAGUUGCCCUUCAGCAUUUCUGACAUUUCUCCUUUUUAUUCCUGAUAAUUCCAGCUGUGUGUUCUUCUAUCCCAGAUAAAGAUGACACAAACUGAUUUAUUCAAACAGCACUGAAGCAGGGUAGGGGAUAUGUUUACACUGGUGAGUACACCACCACUCACUGCUUUGUAUGGCUACAGUACCACGCUGUUGAGGACUGAGCAUGUCUGUUAUCACUGGUGCAACUACCUGUUUUAUCAUUUUAGUUUAACUCGAACAAGUGAAGAUCCUCCUCUGGGAAAAAUCCAUUGGUAGUAUAUGGACAGUUGAGAGUAUGUAGUGUAAUUCUGAGAUGCCUGUGCAUGCUUGAUUUCGAGCAGUAAAACUGGAGAGGCCCUCGGCUGUGAUAACGUGCGAGCUACGUUAAUCACAGUGAAGUCGACCUUGGAAAAGUAUUACUGCUUUACUUACUGUUACCAGCGCAUGUUUACGGUCUGGAAACUUCUCCUCAAAGUAAUGUACAAUCAUGAAUUAAAAAUGAAAAAAACAUAAAAACAAAAUGGGAGCAAGCAAAAAGGGCCUCUAACUAUCUUCAUCCCAUGAUGCACGACAGCGUGGGAAUCAGGAAUGCAUAUUGAUUCAAACUCCAGGUUCUAUAUGAUUGAAAAUGCACUACCGCUGCUUGACACACAAACUAUUAUGACCCAAGCCGGUUUACACGUCCACGUCGUCUUGUACAGUCGUACAACAAAAUGCUGCGUUCAAUUUUAUAGUACUACAGAAGUCAUCAUAUCUGUAUUUCUGAGUAUUUGAAGCCAAAUUUUUCAGACUUUGCAUGUUUUCUUGUUUGUAAUGAUUCAUCAAUGCGUGACGUUAUGACAUCUGCAGGUCACGUUUUGUCUUUACACUAAACUCUUUUAUGGUGACCACUUUCCAGCAUGUCCAAUAAUAUCGCAACUAGAUAUUCAGUAUGGUGCAAACUCUUCCGGUUCACACCAGGGUCAAUCUGAACUCAGUUAUGAAGUGGUCUUGUUGCGACACUUUUUAUAGGUCAUCUUGAAUCAAAUAUUUGAGAAUGAAUGCUCGAUGAGCCUGCCAACAUACCAGUAAAUAUUUCUCUAAACAGUUUGACUUGAAUGACUACAGUGAAUUGAGCCAACGUGGGUAAUGCUUUUGCCUACGUCAUGACCACGUCAGUGAUGUAGGUUGAUCUUUAAUAUGGAUGCACUUAACAUUUAGUUGUCUGUCGUUUUUCUCAGAUCGUUGAAAGUGGGAGAAUAUUAAGAAAUAGAAGGUUGUUAAUAGUUCAAAUCACCGCAUCGUUUUGAUUAAAGAACCAUUACCUCAAUCUCUUCCUUCUGUCUGUCUAAAAUCAAAGUUAUUUUUCACAACGACCUGUUUGCCGUCUUUUCAACACGUUUAAUUUAGAAUCUUGUAGAGGUCAAAAAAUGUUUCCAAUGGUGACUGAUUUUAAUUUAUCCGUUUUGUCUUUCACAUCUUUGUUACUGAUAUUGUUUUUAGUUACCUUAGUUCAUUUUAACACUGUACGUCCAGGACUUUGCACAGAAAUCAUUGUACAAUUUUUUUUCAUGUUUAACUCAUGUCCUUCAAAUGCACAUAAUUCUGAAGGCCACACUGUUUCACCUUUCACAUUUUAUUUAACUAUGGUGAGAACAUUUCUUGGAAUAUUUCUCUAAUGAAGGCAUGGUUAUGCAUUUUUGAUUAUGGUGAUGCUGUAGCCUGGGACUGCAGAGAACAUGUGUGUCAAAGUGGUUUAAUAAAGCCUUGUUCUGUUACUA